GCUGGAUUCCGCCCGCGCUCCCUCGCUCGCUCGCUCGCUCCCUCCCCAGCCCCCUCCCUCCGUUCCCAGCCCCCUCCCACCCAGGCCCACCCCACCCACCACCCCUGGCGCAGGGACUGCUGGAACCUGGCGGUGCGCGCUGUCGCUUUAAGACAGACUCUGCCGGCGCCGUCCGGAGCCUUAGAAACUGGCCCCGGAUCGGGAGCCGGAGCCGGGCCGGGCGGGCGGCUGACGCCCGAGCGGCGGGAGCGCAGCGCGGAGCCAGGCGCCCGGUCGCGAGAAACCGCCGCCGCCGCCGCCGCCCGCCCGGCCCCGCAGCCCCGGGCGGUCCAUGGGGCAAGCGCGGCGUCGCUGCGGGCGCGGGCAGCCCUGGGGGGCAGCCCCUUAGGUGCUGAGCUCUUCUUCCCGCAGGUCGCAGCCAGGGCGGCCGGGCGCGCCCAGCCCCGGCCCCCGGAGCGCCCGCCGCGGUCCCCACCUCCAUGGACGCCUUCAAGGGGGGCAUGAGCCUAGAGCGGCUGCCGGAGGGGCUCCGGCCACCGCCGCCGCCGCCGCAUGACAUGGGGCCCGCCUUCCACCUGGCCCGCGCCGCCGACCCCCGCGAGCCGCUCGAGAACUCGCCCAGCGAGUCGUCUGACACGGAGCUGCCAGAGAAGGAGCGCGGAGGGGAACCCAAGGGGCCCGAGGACAGUGGCGCGGGCGGCGCGGGCUGCGGCGGCGCGGAGGACCCAGCCAAGAAAAAGAAGCAGCGGCGGCAACGCACACACUUCACGAGCCAGCAGUUGCAAGAGCUGGAGGCCACGUUCCAGAGGAACCGCUACCCCGACAUGAGCAUGAGGGAGGAGAUCGCCGUGUGGACCAACCUCACCGAGCCGCGCGUACGGGUCUGGUUCAAGAACCGGCGAGCCAAGUGGCGGAAGCGCGAACGGAACCAGCAGCUGGACCUGUGCAAAGGCGGCUACGUGCCGCAGUUCAGCGGCUUGGUGCAGCCCUACGAGGACGUGUACGCCGCCGGCUACUCCUACAACAACUGGGCCGCCAAGAGCCUGGCGCCCGCGCCGCUCUCCACCAAGAGCUUCACCUUCUUCAACUCCAUGAGCCCGCUGUCGUCGCAGUCCAUGUUCUCGGCGCCCAGCUCCAUCUCCUCCAUGACCAUGCCGUCCAGCAUGGGCCCGGGCGCCGUGCCCGGCAUGCCCAACUCGGGCCUCAACAACAUCAACAACCUCACAGGCUCCUCGCUUAACUCGGCCAUGUCCCCGGGCGCCUGCCCGUACGGCACACCCGCCUCGCCCUACAGCGUCUACCGGGACACGUGCAACUCGAGCUUGGCCAGCCUGCGGCUCAAGUCCAAGCAGCACUCGUCGUUCGGCUACGGCGGCCUGCAGGGCCCGGCCUCGGGCCUCAACGCGUGCCAGUACAACAGCUGACCGCCCCGCCGCGCCGCGGGCCGGCGCCGAGGACGCACGCAGGGCCCCGGCCGGCCGCGCCCGGGCCUCGCGCCUGCGCAGCCCCUGCUGCCCGCCCCCCACCUCCACGGGGCUUUUGUGUUUGCUUUUCCGGACCCCACUCUGCCCUCCCAAAAGAGAAAAAAGAAAACAAACAAAAAAAAAAUGCAAAGCAAAGAGACGUCGGAGAAAAGUGCCGCGAAAAAAAUGGAUGAGUUGCAAUUUCCCUCGGGAUGGCGCGGGUGGUGUGUGUUCGUUCCCACGGGCCCCGGAGGCCCACUCCGCGGAGGGGACGCGGCACAGCAGGCGAGCGCCGAGGCCCGGCGGCCCGGAGAGGACGCCCUCGUAGCCCGUGUCCCCUGCGCUGGACCCGGACUCAGCGGCCGCGCCAGCGAACUGGAUGUGCGGAGCCCGGACGUACCUAGAGUCCCCCGGCCCCCUACGAACCAAGACGCCCGCCCUCUCCGAGCUGGGCCCGGCCGAGUGCACCUUAGCUCGAUUCGGAUCCAAGUUGCAGAGGGCGUUGGGCCGGGGAUGACGGUGUCCAGGCCGGGAUCGGGCACUUGCCGUGGGACCGCGCGCCGCCUCGGCGGCCCGGAAGAGCCCUCACGGACCCCGCGCCCCGGAGCCGCAGCUGGUGGUGUGGACAAGGCGGGUGGAGGGGAAGGGCUCGUCUCAAAGCACCCCAGCCCCGAGCUUAGCCGCAGGCCCAGGCCCUCUGAUCCGCUCCGGGCCAGGAGGUGGCCCCUAUCCCGACGAACAAGCCCCUCCUCCCCGCCCGCCGUGCAAGAGUCGAGCCGGGAGAGCGCGCGCCCACUUUGCACACCCGCUCUCCGGCCCGCGCCCCUGUUUACAGCGUCCCUGUGUAUGUCGGACUGACUGUAUAGAAUUAUAAAUCUGUCUAUAUCGACUUGUCCAUGUACGUCUAUUAAAACCAUAGUCCGAGCGUGCUAAGCA